UGCAAUAGACCCUGACGGACGACAAUGGGAGUUUUUUCCUCUGUCUCGUCUCUAUUCUUUAUUGUUUAGGAAAUCAACAUUCGUGCAUCAACAGUGAAAUCAGAGAAUCGCAGGCUUAAUGUAUAUUCUAUAAAUGGUUUGCAAUCGAACCAAUACGCAGUGCAAGUAAAACAGCUCAAAUAUAGACUGGAAUGAUAGAAAGUAAGGCGAGAUGUCUUACGAAAAAAAAUAUCAUUUUGGAAUGAGUUCAAGUAAACUAAGCGAUGAGUUAGAAAUGUUUGCGAUUGCCUCCACCUUUGAUCCUCAAGUGAAUAGUGAGAUCAAGGCUUCUUUGUGGAAAGAAUUCAAAAUCCUGAAGAAGUAUGAGGAGGACCUAAACCACAUUUGCAAUGAUCUGGAACAUCUUGCUUGCAAAUAUGACGCCCUUUUAAGAACGCACACACGAAUCAAGAUCGCUGGAAGUGUUGCGGGAAUCACAGGAUCUAUCUUGGGAAUCGUUGCGGGUGCAGCCUCCAUUGCUACGGCUGGUGCUGCAAUCCCGUUCAUGGCUAGAGGCUUACUUGUGGCUGGCACCAUGACGGGCAUUGGCGGAGGUGUUACCAAAAUCGGAAACGAUCGGAUGACCCGUACUCGAGAAGCCGAGCUCGACAAAGAGUUCGAAAGAAUAUUGACGGCACAUGCUGAAUCACACGAGGUUCUGAGAAGUGCUCUUGAAGCUAUCAAACGAGACCGGUGUUUCCCAGACCCUGAAAAAGGAACUGCAGAGAGCUUUUGGGAUUGGAAGCACUCAGAGUUGUUUAACAGUGUUAAGAGAAUUGUUUCUCAAGCGUCCUUUUCGAAAGAAGACCUUUUGAAUGGCGCUUUCGAGUCCAUCAAAUUCGUUGGUUCAAAAUCGAAACCAUCAGCCCAUAUCGUUCCUGGUGUUGCAUCAUUGAGCGAUGAUCUCUUGGCAGGAUCCAGCAAAGCAGCUGGAAAGACCUUGGCCAAUGAAACGAGCAAAAAAGCGGCCGUUGCAGUGGGAGGAGCGUUCAUUGUCAUCGGCGUCUUUUCUCUGGGCUAUGAAGUGUUUCAAAUUGUUCAUGAUUCUAAACAACCAAAGUCCACAAUCGUGAACGAUAUUCGAUUGAUUGCUACCCGCCUUAGAAUGGACUUAAAUGUACAAUAAAUAUCCUUUUAUUGCUCUACCACA